AUGGGAACGCCUAGAGUUCCCAUUGUAGGGCAGACCUACAGUGUAGUGUGCCCGUCAUGCUGCACCACUGUUAGCUUUGUCUGCGAUAAUGUCAAACGGUAUGGCAUCGAAUGCCACGCGUGCAGGGAAAAAAUCAACCUCGAAAACCCGCAUUCUCCACUUCCCCCCAGCGAUGAGGGAUAUUUACCUCACGAACACAGCGCCGUGGUGUGUUACUCCCCGGAAGUCGAGGAAUCGGGCGGGCUCUCGGCGGCAGCGCAGGUGUGCGUUCUCAUCCAAAACGUCGAUCAGGAAAUCCGCAAAGAGAUGCCGGAGCGGAUGACGGAGGAAUCGGCGCAGGCGUUUAGUUCUAAGCGCAUACAGAAAUUUUCGAACAAAUUCUUCUUUCUCUUCCCCGUGGUUUGGGCGGUGGAGUACCUUUUGUUUGGCCGCAAACCCUACGCGACGAUCGGCCAUGUCCGUCUUUUUCGCAAAUACAUCCCAUUCAAAGGGUAUGUUUAUAUUCCCGCCCCGACCACAACGACUUCCUCGGCGAUGCCGCUUGUGUUUUCGCUUUUUCUGUUCGCCUCGUACCUCUGGUUUUGUGCGGUGGUGGAUGAGGGGUGGCUUUAUCAAAUCCGGAAUGGGGUGCUUCUCGGCGCGGUUGGCUGCUUCUUCUUCGCGCUGCGGGUUUUGUUUGCCGAUCCGGGGUACGUCCGCCCGGGGUAUAUGGCGGCGGAAGGCAGCCCAUCCCACCGCACCCGGCGAGAUCACGAGCUUUCGUUGAAGGAGUUGGAAGCGAAUAAACGAGAGAGCAAAUGGGAGACGGUGAACGGGGUCGCGAUGGAGCGAAAGUGGUGCUCCACCUGCGAGAUGUAUCGCCCGGUGCGGGCCGCGCAUUGCUACCACUGCGGGCUCUGUUGCUACGAGCACGAUCAUCAUUGUGGGGUGCUCGGGAUCUGCGUCGGACGACGAAACGCGUUCGUUUUUAUGCUUUUUGUCAUGUCGGUCUCGUGUGUGAUCAUCACCGUGUUGAUAUCGAUGAUAGAUGCGUUGUAUAUGCAUACCGAGAAGCUAUCGCUUGAAGGGCUGUUUUUUUCAUGCGUGUUGUUACUGAUGUUCGGGGUGUCCAGCUUAACAGUCGGAGCUGUGGUGGUUUCUAUGUGGCUUGGAUUUGCUUUCGAGUCGACCACGCGGGAGCGAAUUCAGAAUGUCUACGCCGCUAAGCGAAAUCCCUUUAGCCGUGGGACUUGGCGUAACUUGAAGUAUCAUUUGUGGGAUCAAGAUCCCGCCGCAAGCCUCUUUGAUGAGAACUUCGUGAAAUCGUAUAUGGUGCUCUACGGGAAGCGAGAGUUUGACGAUCCCAAGGCGGCGCUUUUGUGA